AUUGACCUUUGCCGAACGAGGAACUUAACAAUAUUUCCUGUCCCAUUUAUGCAGACGCAGGAAGAGUUCCUUCUCAAAGAUGGAUAAUGUGGACGAAGGGUUAGUAAGUAAGGGUUGAUGAGAAUAGUUAUGAAUGCUGCUGAUAAAGUGAUUGCGCAAGACUCGAACAUUCCUAUUCCGCCCACGGGUACCUCGACUUGGGCCCAGUGUCCUACGAAAGACCUCACGCAAACCGUGACCACUCAGCCAGGGGCUGUGGCGAUCCAAAUCGAGCAGGGCCCUGGGACUGAGACACAACCCCAGCAAGCAGCGGUAGAUCAGCCCGCACAAGGAACUGAGACUGAGUUUACUGGCCAAUCACACUCAGUGGUAGUUUCAAUUGAGCAACAAGAAACUUUGCAGCAAGAGGAAGAAGAAAUUCCGACAAAAUCGUGCUGCGAUUAUGGCCUCUCCGGCUGUUUUAAAUUUGAUAAAAGAGAAAGAUCGAACUGGCUUUUUGACUGCGAAGGCAGAGGGUGUUUCUGGGUGGCCGUAAACUCUGUCCUGCAUAUAUUGCUUGCAAUCCUGGCUCUUCCCUUUAUCCUCGUGGCUCUCAUAAUAGCGAAGAAUAUGAUGCUGUGGGGCUGUAUCCCUUGGUACACGGACAUGGAUCGAGACUGGGAAAUACGCCGGCCUUUUUACUACUGUUGUAACGAUUGAAGGUGUCUUCUGGAGCCUAUGUCAGUUUUAGAAAAACAUGGCGCGAGCACUGCAUUGCAGUGUCUAAGUCCCACUGAAGUUUGAAAGAAAAUUAAUCCGUAUAUUUCUUAAUAAUAGUAUUAUGAAUAUAAAGAAAAGGAGUUA